UAUUAUGGCGUCAGAAUUGGUUUCUACACAAAUGUUUACGACUGGAAUCAGAUCACCAAGGGCGCUGUCGUUGAAGGAGCUAUGCUAUGGUACUGGAACGUUAAUGGUGGAGGACCUAGUGGUGAGACUCCUGCCAAUUUUGACGAUUUCCAUCCAUUCGCGAAAUUCACGAAACCGACGAUGAAACAGUUUGGACAGAUGGAAUCAAUUUGCGGAGAGACAGUUAAUAGAGAUAUCUACUCACUAGAAAAAUCAAACCACAUUCUGACCGAGUUGAAGGGAAGGCAAAGCGAUGAACUGAUUGUUGGCAAAUUAGGAUGUGAACAUAUGGGAUUGUUAUCAGCUGCAUAA